CGCUGUGAACCGGUCACGCUCUCCGCUCAUUUCGACGAGGGAGAGAUCUGUUUACACCAAGCACACGUGUUUAGAGUUACAUUUGGAUCAAAACGCGUUUAUUGCGUGCUAUUUGAAGCAUACGGCUUUUUAGUCUCAUUAUACUUUUUAGUCUCCGUGAAGCAGCGCAAUAUGGAUGAUAUAGAGACUGAGCUCAAUAUCGCAGCAGCGCGUUCGGACUCUCCGGAGGAUAAAGGCAGAAAUCAGGAGCAGAUUAAACAGGCCGUUCUCCUCCACCAGUCUCAGCCAGACCCCAGAGGUUCAUUCACUGCGAUCGACUUCCUCAAGUCCAACAGAAAGUGUCUGAAAUUGAUCAGAGAGGCGAUGCUGCGGCAUAACUGGCAGGAGGCUGCGAGGUAUUUCAGCUCUUACAUUCAGACACUGGAGGCUGGAACUCAUCCCCAAGUGCGAUCAGCUGCGUCUGAGAUCACGUGGCGUUUAGGCACAGAAAUUCUGCGUCAUCUUCCUAAUUCCAGCCUUGAUGAUUUCAAUGCUUUUUAUGAACAGUUGAAAAACUUUGGCGUCAGAAACUACUCAAAGAUCUGUUUGGAGCAUUGCUUUCAUCUUAUGCUGAACGGCCAGAUGGAUGAAGCCAAGCGGCAGCUGUCCAUCGCAGACAGCUGGAGAUACGGCAAGCAGUCGAAUGCUCAGUCCAUGACGAAAAAGCUCAUCCGCUCCUACUGCGGUUAUCUAGAUUACUUGAUCUGGAAUGAGAAGAAGACCUCAGCACUUGGAAGCGAGGAGGAGUGCGCUAACCGUGAGAUGCACAGCUACUUCAGACAAGCCUCUGUGACCCUGAAGGAGAUCGUCAGUCAGCCUGGAGUCUGGGAUCCUUUCGUGUUGAGUUACAUUCAUAUGCUGGAGUUUUACGAGGAUAAGGACGUCGCUCUGCAGGUUCUGGAGAAUUACGCUUACAACAAGGAGUUCCCGCUGAACCCCAACGCUCACGUGUAUCUGUACCAGUUCCUCAAGAGACACAAAGCCCCACGAGCCAAACUCAUCGGUUCAUUAAGGAUUCUGCACUCUUUAGUCCCGAGUCACGAGCUGAUGCUGGAGCUCUGCUCGCUGCUGCUGCACACCAAGCAAAUGAGCGAUCUAGAAGAAGCUCUCACCGUUUCCAUGGACCUUCUGGAGUUUUCCAGCUGGAAAUGUAGCAUUAAGGCUUGGAAGUGUCUUCUGAAUAUUAUGAAGAAACUCAAAAUGAAAAAGUGCAUUAACACUGUGAGAAAGGAGUGGAACGUCAGGAGAUCGCUCUGGCUUUCCUUACACUACAGAAGCUACAUCGCCAGGAGGGACUCGCUCCAGAACGUCCAGCUUCUGAUGGUCAAGAGAGACGUUUUGAGGUUUACGGGUGAAAACAACAGAGAUUACUUCAAAAUUGCUCUGAGAGUUGAGCGAGCGAGUAAACCAAAGCCAGACAGACUCGGGGAGAAGAGAGAGAGGAUGGCGACUAUGAAGUCUAAGAAGAAGGAAAAGAAGACGCUCAGUGACUAAGAAGUCCAAGUAAAUUUGAUUAUGAAUGUGUAAAUUUGAGACUUUCUACAUUUUUAACCAGAAAAUGUUUCACUUGUGUAUGUACUGCACACGAGACUCUUUCAUCUGCUCAUGCUGAAGCUUCGCUGUGAAUUAAAGGAUUGGAAAUGCA